AUGGCAGAGAGAAUGCAGUCUAUAUUCAAGCAAAAACCCCCACGCAAGUUUUUCUGCGACUUCCAGAACUGCGGAAAAUCCUUCACGAGGGCAGAGCAUCUCCAAAGGCAUGAGCUGAACCACCGUGACUCACCAAACACCUGCGCUAGAUGCUCCGCACACUUUGCCCGGCCGGACCUAUUGGAAAGACAUAUGGAACGGCACGCGCAGAAGGACAAGGAGGCAGGCGGGGAAGGGCUCGGGAUCUUGGUCACGAGGAAACGGUGCUGGCGUGACGAAAACGGUAAUAUCACGACAAAGCGGCCGGCGUCGAGUGUGGCCGCCGUUGGGAAGGCUCUUGAAGCUCAGCGGCAGAGGCGGGGCGACAGCAGUGACGAUAGUGGUUCGAAUGAUCCGAGAUCUCCUGCGCACGCUGGAUCAUCGUCGUCGAGCCGGAAACGGAGGGAUACUAGUGCUGCCCACGAGGAGAAGAAGGUUGUCGAUGAUGCGGGCUUCCGGAGGUUUGAGUAUGAGCAGCUGGAGAUGCAGGAUCGGAGUUUGCAGAGUGAUAAUUUCGUCCUAGCUCCGACGGUCCAGCAACAGCAGGGUUUCUAUCUACCGGAGGCCACCACUACAGUUAUUGAUGGGACUCUCAACCAGUACCAUGGGAGUUAUGAUCCUAAUAUCUUUGAAGCGAAUACAGCACAGAGCUUGGGUAUGCCUUUCAGUGGUGGUUACAAUAAUUGCAAUUGGUUUUAUGAAGAAGACAUGGCACAAUCGGGGGAAGCUCAGGAGAACAUUGACAUGGCCUUGAAUCGGGAUCUGAGGACGGGUCACGUUAGCACACCUCUCCGAGCGGGGCCGGGCUACAUCGAAGGCCCGGGAUUGCUAACAACAACAAAUGAACCAUACCCUAAUUUUCCGGCUCAAGUCCACCAAGUCCACCAAGUCCACCAAGUCCACCUGCCACAGCAACAGCAGCAAUUUACCAAACCAGAGUUGCCACAGAAUAACUGCAAUUCCUACUUUGAAACACCGACGAAGUGCAAGGGUUGCAGAAAAUUGUCAUCAGCUACAACAAAGAACAAUUCUAUACCCCCGAGCCUCUCACGGCACCCCUCCACAUUCAGACAGCUCAACGAGCCCACACGGAAACGGAUCCUCGACUUCCUAAUACGAGCGACGACAUGUCCCGACACCGGAUCAUCACCUUUCGGAUGGGAAAACCCACUGCUCUGUCUCUCCUCUCUCCAAAGUUAUCUAGAUCUAUCAUUUACUCGGUUUCACCCAUCGAAUCCAUCGCAUCCACCGCUCGAUCGGCAAUCUUUUAAUCCAAAUUCUACCAAUACUUUGUUAUUGACGAGUAUGAUGAUAAUGGGCGGAUCAACAACCAAUAAGGAGACAGAAUACUUGAGUCUCAUAGUUUAUUGCCUGCUGAUAAAAGUAUUAGUAAAUUCUGGCUACUUUCAUGCUACACCUCAAGAGCCAUGGGUACAGCAUACAGUUUGGUUUCUUAAAAACUGGAAAAAGCUGGAUUGA